GUUCUUCCGUAAAGUAUGAGUCACACGCCAUGCAAUGUGGCGCUCCUAUCGCACAGCAUCGAGUGCUCCAAUGGACUGGACGGCUUCAUGUCCGCCUUCUACACAAUCCAGCUGGACCUGCGAAUGCCCAGUGGCAGUGAUAAAAGCGAACUGGUCAUUGUCAAAUUCAUGAAGGGCAGCAAAGAGUUUCGCGAAUCGAGCAAAUCCUACACGCAAUGUGCCAACGAGAUCUUUCUCUAUGCCAAACUGCUGCCAGCCUUUGAGAAUCUGUUGCGCAGCAGCCGACUCAACACCGAACUUGCCGCUCAAUUUGUGCCCCGCUCCUAUUGGGCCACCUACGGCACCGUUGAGGCAUUGGGCGAUGGUAGAGAAUCGGUGCUGGCGUUGCAGCAUCUACGGCCAGGUGGGUAUGAGCUUGGACCCAGAUUGGCGCUGCGCCAAGAUCAAUUGGAGGCGAUGUCUGUGCAGCUGGGGCAAUUCCAUGCGCUCGGCUACGCGAUGCGCAUUGUCCAGCCGCAGUUGCACGAACGCUUGCAAUCGGAGCUGAUCCCAUUGCCAUUUGUCGUCGCUGACAACUCGGCCAAUCUGUAUGCGGUUCUGUAUCGCGUGGCCUUUGAUCGCUUCUACGAGUUCUACGAUCGUUGUGGCAAACAGCUCAUCCAAACUGCUUCGUCUUCGUCGGAGGAGGAGGAUGCUCGCUUUGCAGAUGCCGUGCAGCGUUUGCGUACGAAAUACUUUGAGCAACCAAUCGAUCUGCUGGAGCACAUACGCAGCACAUCCGGCGAAAGUCACUUUAGCACCUUUCUGCACGGCGAUUUCAAUCGGAACAAUGUGCUCUUUCAUGAGGAUGACGAGGGGCGGGUGGACAACAUCAAGAUGAUUGACUUCCAGGAGAUGCGCUACAGCACAGUCGCCAUCGAUAUCAGUUUCUAACUGUACAUGAACAUCCCGGCCGCGGAGCGUCUCCAAUUGUUUCCCAAAUUGUUGCGCCUCAGGGAAACGCUUGGCGAGGAGCAGAUCGAGGAGCUGCUAACGGCUUACAGUUAUGAGCAAUUCGAGGGGCAUUUCAAGCGCUAUGCGUUCUACGGCGUAAUGAUCUGCAUGCACUUCCUGCCUUGGCUGCUGGGCAGCGAAGCGGACUGCGAUCGACUAAUGCGGCAUGCCUUCGACCACGGCUACGUGGACUCCAUCUGAGGAGUAGCACCAUUCUUCCUAUCAACAUUCCUAUUUUAUCGCAAUGAUUCGCAUUUCUUUAGUAAUUCCUUAUUGUUCGCUUUUGUAUUAUGUUUAUAAUCAGUAUGUUAGCCUUACGAAAGUGCAAUUUUAAAUGUCAUUUUAGAUGUUGAACAGAAGUCGUUUGUAAAUUUUAAAUGCCAAUCAAUAAAGUUGAUCCCAAUUCAUAAUAUGUC